AGCUCGAGUCCGCCAAUGACUCGCUCCGUGCCGCGUGGAGAAAUCAGGACUUGUACAUUGAUCACCUCGAAUCAUUGAACAAACAGUUGGAAGGUAUUUAAGACAAGGUUACGGCUUCUUAGUGGUCACGGUCCCUGCGGCCGCCGAGUUGACUAUGUGCGAUACUGUUAGUUACUAUAUCGACAAUGCUUUAACUAUAAUAAGUGAUAUGUUACUUGUUCGGUUAGUUUUACUGCUGUGAUCAUAAUGUUAGCUGUUAAUGUGGUUCAGGGUGUAUCUAGGUGUUGAAAGGCAAUGAACUGUGUGAUCCCGUGCAAGUGGAGUGUUCAGUGGAAGUGCAUCAUGUCCGAUGGCCAGCGGCCAGUGAUACUCCAAGUGGAGAAGUGUUUAUGUUCAGUGUUCACAAAUAUGCCGAUUGCGGAUCUCUUCACUGCAAGUUGUCUACUGUUGAAAGCAGCUUGGAAAAGGCGAAAGAGAUUGAAGAUAGGGUAAAGCAGCAGUAUGCUGAGUCACAACAUAGGGAAAAAGUGUUGGUCCGACGACUGGCAGCUAAAGAACAAGAAAUACAGGACUAUGUGAGUCAAAUUGCAGAAUUGAAGUCCUCACAUGCAAGCUUAAACGGGAGACCGUCUUUGUUAGACCCAGCAGUUAAUAUGCUCAUUUUAAGGUUAAAGCAAGAAUUAACAUCGACGAGAGCUAGAUUAGAGGAAACACAAAAUGAAUUAUCAGCUUGGAAAUUUACACCCGACUCGAAUACAGGAAAGAAACUUAUGGCGAAAUGCAGACUGCUUCAUCAAGAAAACGAGGAUUUAGGAAAAAUGACAUCCAGUGGAAGGAUAGCAAAGCUGGAAGGUGAUUUAGCAUUGCAAAAAAGUUUUAGUGAAGAAGUGAAAAAGUCUCAAUCAGAACUAGAUGAAUUCCUUCAAGAACUGGACGAGGAUGUUGAGGGCAUGCAGAGCACGGUAUUGUUCUUACAGCAGGAACUGAGAGCAUCUCACGCUGGCAUCAACGGGAACCGGCCACCCUCUCCUUCGUCACCUGAGAAGAGACCUGCGGAACGUGGAGCCUCGCCCUUGGGCAAAAGGCGGAGAGCAUCAGUGCUAUCAUUGGACUAUGAUGAAGAGGAAGAACCGCUAACGCACAACGGUGACGCAGACUAGCACUCGGUGCACACAAACAAUAAAAACUAUUCUAUAUCUUCAAUACUGUGGAAUCUUCGUUCAAGUGUUACAUUAAUACUUGCCAGGGUAUAUAUUUAGAACUGGCUUCUUAUACUGUUUCUCACGAGUGCACAUAGUGAAUCAUAGUCACAAUGUUACAUUUAAAGUGAAUGUGUUGUGAUUUUUUUGCUGACAUGACAACGGAUUUAUGUACAAAAUGUACCAUAAGUGGUCAGACUUCAUUACUAACUAGUGCACCAUAUUACAAUUGAAAUUGUGAUAACAGAUAGUGAGGUGGUAACUGAUAACUUCUUUCUUCCUUUGGUUAACAGAGUGCUAAAACUCUUAAAAGGUGUUCUUCAACAUACUUAUACUACAAUGUUAAAAGACAAAACACAGAGGUGUCAUUAUGUUUAUGGGAAUUGGUGAUGAUUGUGUCAAAUGUGUAAAAGAAAACAAUUCAAACUGAAAUUAAUGUUUGAUAUGGUGGAUGUGCAAAUGAAUUGAACAGUGAUUCUUGACAUUUUAAUUGACGAGAAUAAACAAUAAGAUGACAAUUGUAUAAUUUAUUUAUGUAAAGUGGAUCAUUUGUGAUAUACCAGAGAAACAAUAAUAUAUUUUGUUGAGUUCGAUGGCAUAGUGUAAGAGAACGGUAUAAUUGAAAAUGAAAUCAGUGUUGAUGUAGCAAUAAUGUCAAACACCAAGCCUAAUGUUAUUAAACGCCAUGUUUUAAUAAAUUUAUGUGAUUUUUUACACUAAAAUGUUUCUAUUUAAAAAUACAAUGAUUGUAUAUAUUAGAACUAUGUUAAUAAACAUAUUACUGACAUGCA